UAGAUAGAUAGAUAGAUAGAUAGAUAGAUCGGUUCUUUUGUUGGGUUGGUGGUCCGUGGAUAAAGGCUUUGUUUGUUCUUUGUCUUUGUUCGGUUGUCUUCCUUGGGAAUGACUCCGAAUGAGUCAGAUAGUUCAAUGUAGAUAUAUUGAACAAAUCAUGAGUAUGUAAAGAUGAUAUCAAGAUAGCAAUAUAGAUUAGUUCCUGUCCCCUUCAACUUUGGAAACGCGCCUCUCAGAUAUGGUAGUUCAACUCCAGACAUCGAUGCAUUUCCAUAUUUACAUCGUGAUUAUACUACCAUGCUAAAUUGAAUUGUGGUGCUUGUUUAUGAUCUUUCCUUGUGAGUCUCGGCGUGGCUGUCGUGAAGGAUUUAGUUUUAUUGUCGCGGUAAUAGAGGCCUUUGUGGUUUGUUGGGUAGAAUGGCAUUGUUGGCUUUGUGAGCGGAUUCACGGUUGGUAUUAUUUUUCUCUUUCUUCUUUUUAACUGUUGUUACUCUGUAUCUUGGGAGAAGGGGGAUGGAUGAGAUUGGAUUUGGGUGUAUGGAGUUUAUCAAACUAGAAUGAUAUUCUGGCUGAGAUUGUCGGUUAUGGGUCUGGGAUAAGAAGUACUAAUAUAUGCCUGGACUGUUGUAGGUUAUUAGUAGAUACCGGGUAGUAUAGUAUGCC